AUGUUUCUGCUAUUUCUGCUCCUCAUGAACGUUUCCCAGCAUGCUCUGGCUGUGGAGGUAGAAGGAAAUACAGAGGCAGAGUCUGUCCAGCUGCCCUGUCAGCACUCAGGUUUCAUACCUGACGACAAUCCCACAGUGACUUGGACCCGCAAUGAUCUCGAUCCCACAACCGUCCACGUACGACGAAAAGAAGGAGAUGAUCUUAAAGGACAAAACCGGAGUUACAGCAGGCGCACGUCGAUGAGGCCUGAUGCUCUGGACUCUUUAGACUUCAGCCUCACUCUGAGAAAACCACAACUGACCGACAGCGGCAAAUAUAGCUGCACCCUCAGUGAUGGGAGGAAAGAACGGACACUGACAGAUGUACAGCUGCAGGUCAAAGCUGACAGAGAGGAGGUGGAUUCAGGGGUGGCGUCUGUCCAGCUGCCCUGCAAAACCACACAUCAUCUGGCUGAAGAUGCUAAAGUGGAGUGGAUGGACAGUGGUAAUCAUAGGGUCCAUGUAUUUCAAGAUGGCCUGGACCAGCCAGUUGAACAGAGUAAGGAUUACAGAGGCCGAACAGAGAUGUAUGCAAACCUGGUGAAAACUGGAGACCUCAGUCUGACCCUGAAACACCCCACAGAUGGAGACACACAAGUCUACACCUGCACCGUCUACAGCAGGGAGGGAAACAUCCUGCUGAUGAAACAAGUGAAGCUCUAUGUCAGAGAAUACAAAUCCAACAACAUAACAAUAAUCACACUGGCAUGCGUCAUUGUUGCGAUCAUCAUUUCUAUUCCUGUGGGCUUUUGCUGGGGUGUUCGCAAACAUCAAUGGUAGAAGACGGCUAAAAAGAAGGU